UAGUUACAGAGACACCCUAGAAACUUCUUGAGUGAAGUGAGUGCUGUAGUUAGAGUUGCAGUAAAUUCACCGGCUUGUUUGGCAGCAUAAUUUGAAAUAUCAAAAGUAGUUAAAUAGUUAAUCUGAGGAGUGUAACAUCAAAGCUUUAACAGGUGAUUGUGUAGAAUGGCUAUAUUCUGCUAAUCUAUUAAUACAAUGUAUUCUCGGUUUCUUGUGCACGCUAUCUGACUGACCAGUGAGUGAGUCUGAGAUUGUUGUUGUUCAUGAUAGUUUCGAAUGGCGUCCGCCGCUGGUCAGUACAUGGAAUUCCAUACUGUUCAUGGGAGAAAUGUCAGACUGGACUCAUCAGGAACACGAGCCACACGUGUGGAGAGCUUCGCUAAUGGCGUCUGCUUCAGCAAGAACCCUUUGGCUCCUGGGGAGAUCUUCUUGGUUGAGAUUGAAGACAAAGAGUUGGGUUGGUGCGGCCACCUAAGAAUCGGACUCACGGCUCACGACCCCCGGAGCCUCCAGGUCGUACCGGAAUAUUCCCUGCCUGACCUUGUGGACCUGGGCAACAGCUGGAUCUUCGCCAUUACCAGGAACCACAACAAAGUUGUCGAUGAAGCAGAGAAUGGAGUAGAGGCAGGAGUCAACGUGAGGCCAGAAGAAGGAGGGGAGCCAGACUCAAAACCAAAGACAUUCUUCACUCAUUCACACCUUCGCAUUCAAGACGUCUACCUUCCCCGGGACCAGCUGGUAGGUCGCAGCCUCCCUGGACGUUUCAGCCACAUUCUGGAUGAGCUUUACAAAACCAACAUGCUGCCCCCUACAGCCAGGCGCAGCCGUAUUGGAGUCGUAUAUGUGCCCAGAAGGGAGGGAGUAGCCGACAUGCACAUAGUCAUCAAUGGCGAGGACAUGGGAGCCUGCGCCAAAGCCAUUUCCACCCGCCAACCGCUCUAUGCUGUAGUGGAUGUAUUUGCCGCCACCAAGUCUGUCCGGAUUGUCCAGGUGGAAUACGGCUUUUCUUCUCUGCAGACACUGUGUCGCAAGACGAUACAGAAGCACAUUGUACACAGAAUGGCCCUGGAUUGGUUGGAGCUUCCUGCUCUGCUUAAACAUUAUUGCAAGUAUGAAUGACUCAUGUGGCAGAAGGGAAUCCCAGUGCAACCACAUUUCAUCUGUGGUGGGUCCCAUGCAUUAGAACAGUAUGGACUCAACUAUAAUUAUGUGGAAUCCUUGUUAAAUAGGGCUAUCAGGGAGACUAGUACAGAAUAUGAAAUAUGAGCUCAGGAUUUUCGUUUGGUUUGACUGUUGUCCCUGACUGAUACCUUUUUGUUUAGUAAUAAAACUCUGUCUUUGU